AUGGCAAUCUCCCGCGCAUUUCUCCAAAACAUUCCACUCUCCUACGCCUCAUGUUCAAUUGGAUGUGGCCCCCAGGACACACUUCCUCGCCGUCUUGAUGCUAUCAGCGCGGCAGGCUUCACCGCAAUCGAGCUUUCAUUCCCAGAUAUCUUAGACUAUGGCCUUCAGAUAACAGGCGAAAACAUUGGCCCAAUCGACUACCCCAAAAUAAUUCCUGUCGCAGAGGAAAUUCGCAAGUUGUGCGACUCACGUGGACUAAACAUCAUGAUGUUACAGCCGUUCUCUAAUUUCGAAGGCUGGGUGAAAGGUUCCAUGGAUCGAGAAGAAGCAUUUGCAAGAGCUCUUGGCUGGAUGGAGAUAAUGAACGUUGUUGGCACAGACUUGUUGCAGGUAGGAGCUACAGACACGCCCGAGCCGGUCAUCUCCUGUGAGCGUGAGAAAAUCAUUACGGAUCUACGCGCCCUAUCUGAACUGCUCGCCAAACGCAACUACCGACUCGCCUAUGAGAACUGGUGCUGGUCUACGCAUGCACCAAGUUGGAAGGCAGUCUGGGACAUUGUGAAAGCGGUUGACCGUCCCAACUGUGGGCUGUGCUUAGAUACGUUCCAGACUGCAGGGAGUGAAUGGGGUGAUCCAACCACAAAGUCUGGACUGAUCGAGGAUGUCUCGCAGAGCGAGUUGCAAAAGCGAUUCGAUGCUAGUAUGACCGAGCUUGCGACAACGGUGCCAGCGGACAAAAUUUAUCUGCUUCAGAUCUCGGAUGCGUAUAAGGUGUCACCUCCACUGGAAGAUAAGGUCAUCAAUGAGCUGCGGCCUCGGGGCAGGUGGAGCCACGAUUAUCGGCCCAUGCCGUAUGACGGGGGAUACCUGCCUAUCGAGGAUGUCGCAAGGGCGGUUCUGAGAACUGGUUUCCGGGGUUGGUUCUCCAUGGAGAUAUUCGAUGGUGGGCCCAAUGGAGAUGGAAAGAAGUAUGAGAUGGGACGUUUUGCGAAAAAGGCCAUGGAAAGUAUGCAGAAGUUUUUGACGAGCUGUGCUACUGAGUGA